AUGAACCCAUCCUUGCAACCUUCAUUGCCCUCUUCCUUCACAAGCUAUGGCUCCAAAAUUAAGAAAAGUAAGAAUAAAUAUGCCAAGGAAGCACCCGAACCCGGCGGAGCUAUUCCAGUGAUCGGACACCUCCGCCUCCUCUCAGGCAGUAAGCUCUGGCACCACAAGCUGGCUGAGAUGGCCGAUGUAUAUGGACCUGCCUUCACACUCAGAAUAGGCCGGCGCCAUAUUCUGGUGAUUAGCAACUGGGAAUUGGCCAAGGAAUGCUUCACCACCAACUUCGCGACUCCCCAAGACCCUGCUGGAAAACUGUUGGGUUAUGACUUUGCAAUGAUGGGUUUUGGCCCCUAUGGCCCGUACUGGAGAGACACUCGAAGAAUUGUGACUCUACAACUCCUCUCUAACCGUCGAAUUGAAUCACUGAAACAUGUUCGAUCCUCAGAAGUUGAUGCCUGCGUAAGGGAGACAUUUGAGCUUUGGUAA